CACCAUGAUAAACAUUACUGUGCUGAGCCAAAAGGGCAAAAAAAGAAGAUAAAUAUCAGCUACAAUUGAAAUGUUGUGACAUGAACUGUCCAUUGGAUCAGACCGUACAUGCGCUGCAACAAAGUGGUGCGAAUAGCGAUUGUUAUUUGUUCCGUUAUAUGUUCUAUUGUGACUGAAGGAAGGCGCACUUGUUUUACUUCAAGUUUAGACUCUACACUCAAAAUAUAACAUUUAACGCUUGCUUCUUGAACCGCUCUAUUUGCCAAUCUUCUUAUUCCGGUGAACUCGUUGCCCGGCGAAAUCCACAACUGUAAACUGUACGUAGAGAUGUUUUGUUGAAGAAAGGAGUUUUCAAUUAACAGUGCUUCGUUGUUGUGUUAAGUUCGUUUAGUUAAUCUCACAAACACUUGGUGCGCACUCGUGUUUAUAGGCUUUUUUGUUGAUCUUUCUUUCAAUCCAGUAGGGUAUAAAUGCGGAACAUGAUGAGAGUAAGAUCUUCUAACCUCUCCGUAUUCUCAAUUCUGCUUCAAACCCAUGUCAAAUCCACCUGUUUCUAUUACUCUUAUGUUGUUGUAAAGCCCAUCAGUCCUGCUAGUCUUUUUAACUUGAACCCUUGUAGUACUUUUUCUGCUAUGGCUAUGAAACCCCACCUGCAAUUUUUCUCGUCUUCUACUACUUCCCCAAACUCAACAUAUGCAGCCUCAAAUGUACCUUUGAUUAUAGAAACAAAAGAAGAUGCUUCUAUUAGUGAUGAUGAUGAUAAUGAUGAAGACUAUGAAGAUGAUGAGACACACUUCAGACCUUUGAGUUCAGGAGAUGAGAGUCUCACCCGAGACAUAAGGACUAUUGUUGGUAUAUUAGGUGAACUGGGAAGCAAUCCAUCUGGAACAAAAAACGAGCUUGAGCGUGGUGGGAUUACUGCCUCAUCAGAAUUGGUUGUGGGGGUGCUCUCACAUUUUCGCAGCAACUGGGAAGCUGCAUUCACCUUCUUUCUAUGGGCUGCCAAGCAGCCAGGUUACACUCAUUCCGUGCGAGAAUACCAUUCCAUGAUCUCUAUUCUUGGGAAAAUGAGAAAGUUCGACACUGCAUGGGCCUUGAUUGAUGAGAUGAGAAUGAAAGGUGGUCUGAGUUCUAGUCCGACUAGUCCAUCUCUUGUUACUCCUCAGACUCUCUUAAUCAUGAUUAGGAGAUAUUGUGCUGUACAUGACGUGGGGAGGGCUAUAAAUACUUUUUAUGCCUACAAGCGAUUUAAGUUUGAAGUUGGCAUUGAUGAAUUUCAAGGCCUUCUCUCUGCCCUUUGCAGGUACAAGAACGUGCCAGACGCUGAGCACAUGCUCUUCUGCAACAAGAAUGUCUUCCCAUUUAAUACCAAGAGCUUUAACAUUAUCCUCAAUGGAUGGUGCAAUGUGAUUGUUAGUCCCCGGGAGGGAGAGAGAAUUUGGAGGGAGAUGAGCAAGAGAGGUAUUCAACAUGAUGUUGUCUCGUAUGGAUGCCUCAUAUCUUGCUAUUCAAAAGCAUGUAAUCUGAAUAAGGUGCUCAAGCUCUUCAACAGGAUGAAGGAAAUGGAGAUUGUUCCAGAUAGGAAAGUUUACAAUGCUGUCAUUCAUGCUCUUGCAAAAGGUAGGCUUGUGAAAGAAGCUAUCAAUCUCAUGAAAACAAUGGAAGAUAAGGGUAUUGCUCCAAAUAUUGUCUCUUAUAACUCACUGAUCAAGCCUCUCUGCAGGGCCCGUAAAAUUGAAGAAGCUAGAGAAGUCUUUGAUGAUAUGUUAUGCCGUGGCCUCUCCCCUACCAUUCGGACUUACCAUGCCUUCUUCCGGAUUUUAAGGACAGGGGAUGAAGUGUUUGUGCUCUUGGAAAAGAUGAGAAAGAUGGGCUGCCACCCAAAUACUGAUACCUACAUAAUGUUGAUUAGGAAAUUUUGCCGGUGGCGCCAACUUGAUAAUGUCUUCAAGUUGUGGAGUGAGAUGAUUCAGAAUGGAGUUGACCCUGAUCGGAGCUCAUAUAUUGUGCUAAUACAUGGCCUAUUUUUGAACGGAAAGUUGGAGGAGGCCCACAAAUAUUACAUAGAGAUGAAAGAGAGACACUUAAUACCAGAACCAAAGACAGAUGAGAUGCUUCAGGCUUGGUUGUCUAGUAAGCAUAUAUCAGAGUGUCAGAUGAAAGAUUUAGAACGCAAUCGAUUGGAUUGUAGUCAGUCAGGCAAGAAUGCAAGGGUUAUAACCAGGAGAUUUGAUCAAACAAGAGAUUUUCGACGCCAACCUGAAACUAGAAGAGUUGUCAGAGAGCGGGGCUUUUCUUUAUGGGAGAAAUAGGAUCUCAGGUCUUGACUGGGUACCUAUCAACCUUCAGCACCAAGUUGCGCAUGGAUUUCAUACAGGCUGGGAGUCCACGUUGCCUUUAUGAUGUUGGGGUGAAAAAUGAGAUCAGAUGUGAGGUAAUAUCUAUCAAAGCUCUGAACUUGUACCCGAAAAAACACAAAAGAAAAUGAAGUGAAAAAUAUAACAUGGAGUAGCUGAAUGAUUAUAGAGAUACUUUACUUUGUGUAGUUAGACUGGUUGGUUGGUUAGUUUUAGCAGUUAAUGCUAGUUCUUGUGUUUCCCUGCCAAGCAGGCUA